GAACCCUCUGAACGUUCAGAUCUCGACUCUGCAACACUCCGGCGCUUCAGCUCGUUAACAUAUCUCCAGCUCUAGAUGGCGACACCUACUGUCCACGGGGAAUAGCACUCAGUCUGUUUGCAGAACGGCGUUUGUAGACGUGCGUCCCCGAGUCACACCCCAGUAACCUUGUUCACGUCCAAGUGUCGUGAUGUAGUCGCAUCUCAUGCAACAGCUUUCUUCCAACGGCGAUCCUGCUGGUCCUGCGGUACGAGCCGCGGGCUAGACUCUUCGUAGGCUCUCCGCCAACCGCGGGAGAACGUUGAUAAACAAGACCACGGGGAUAUGUAGUCUCAGGCUAUCCUUGCUGGAAUCAAAGGUCUUUCAUCAUGCUCUUUUUGGCAAUGACCGCAGCAUCGACAACUGGAGCUGGAAUAGCAAACUACACUUUCAUGGCAGUCUUUGUUCACUAUAACGUCGCGUCUUGUUCUAGAUUUACUUGCCGCGUCUCAAUACUCGCUAUCUAAUCGCCAUCUCGACUGCUUUUCCCGCCGUCUUGCGCGGACUUGCUCGUUCAGCUGACGCUUCACGAGGUUCUUGCGCCCUGGAUCAUCAAACACUGGCAGCGCCUUUAUUGUGUACUUUGUCAAUGCCGUACGACCGCAACUGCGCUUGAAGGGUUCACGGAAUCCUGAGCCCGUGGCAUCGAGGGUAUAUAAGGUGCAAUGGCUGGGGAGGACAUUGCAUCAGCUUUUGUCUAUACAAUGCAGCUAACCGCGACCUCGAGGCUCUGUGGAAUCGUCACUGCCGAUUUCCAAACGUAUCUGCCUCUAGAGACCGCCGAAGUUCACGCAAACAUCGUCGACGUUUCCGCCGUCGUAACGAUUACCCAGCAAUUCUGGCAGUACUCGCCAGCAAAGCUUGAGCGCGCCAAGUAUGUCUUUCCAGUCCCGGCCAGAGCAGCUGUUUGCGGUUUCGAGAUGACUGCUGGAGACGGCACCGUCAUCGUGGCCGUUGCCAAGGAAAAGGAAGAAGCUAAGCGGGAACAUGAAGAGGCUAUUUCUCGCGGGUAUCUGACAGGACUUGUCGAGCACGUUACCGACGAUGUCUUCACUAUGUCCCUCGGGGCGCUCCCUGCGGAGGAGAUGCUUCAGACUCGCAUCACUUAUGUUAUGGAUCUUAUGGACGACAAUGCUCCCGAUCAGGUCAGGCUGCAGGUCCCGACCUACAUCGGCAUGCGUUAUGGUACCUUGCCGGAGGGUAUGAAAGGUGCACUUCAGUUGCCCCAACACCGCAUUCGCAUCUCUGCCGACGUCCGCAUGACGAGCAAUGUGAGGAACGUGACGAGUCCCACUCAUCCGACUCUUGUUGUCUCUGACAACUCCGCCGCUUCACGCAACGCUCGAUACGUCUCGCCGGACUUCUUGAAAGAGGACUUCGUCUUGUCUAUCACUGCCGAUGGGCUCGACGCCCCGCGAUGCUUUGCCCAGCGAGCGAAGAACGGGUCGACAGCCAUGCAGCUGACCGUCGUCCCUAAGCUCGACAUGCCGCGUAUCCCGACUCAGGAGUACAUCUUCCUCGUGGAUCGCAGCGGUAGUAUGACGGGCGACCGAAUCGAGACCGCAAAGCGCGCGCUGCUUAUGUUGCUUCGAGCCCUACCCACUCAAGGGACGCAUCUCAACAUCUUCAGUUUCGGUACCACGCACAGUAGCCUCUGGCCUCGGAGUGUGCCCUACGAUCAGAGCUCGCUGAAUACCUCUACCCAGUAUGUCGAUGGCAUGCUUGCGGACUAUGGUGGUACGGAGAUAUGCGCGGCCAUAAAAGGAGCGCUAGAGUCGCGCAAUACAACGGUCCCAACUUCUUGUUUCCUCCUCACAGAUGGCGAGACGUGGGACUUAGACUCUACCGUGGCGACAGUAAAGCAGGCCGUCGAGAAUGCAGGGGCAGGGGCACCGUUAUCCAGCGCUAUGUGCGAGGGCAUCGCGCAGGCCGGCAACGGCAUCUGCUUGAUGUCGACGACCACCGAAAGUAUUGUCGGAAAGUGCUCGAGGCUUGUGCGCGCCAGCAGUACGUACAUCCUCAAGAACGUCAGCGUGGACUGGGGCGUUCAUGGGCACGUCGACGAAGCCAAGGGCAAGGGCGAGCCCGAGCGUCGGAUCGUUCGCCAAGCGCCCGCAGAGAUCCCUCUCAUCUAUCCUGGAAACCGGUUCAUCCUGUUUGCCCUUAUAGACGAUGAAAAAUUCAUGCCUCCGAACGAAAUCGUCGUACGGGCUCUGCAGGACGGACAUGGCGAAGCCAUCCGGUUCUCUGUGCCUGUACAACUUGUCGACCUCUCUCCCGACCAUCCCCACCCGCAACUCAUCCCCACUCUCGCCGCUCGCAGGGCAAUCUUGGACCUGCAGCUCAACGCCCCACCAGAUUCUCUCCCCAGUACCAAGGAAGCAAUCAUCAAUCUGGGAGUCGAGUAUCAGCUGGCUAGCAAGUACACGUCGUUCGUCGCCGUCGACCAGCGUUCCAACGCAGAGGUCAAGGACCGCGUGGAUUCGGAGGUGACAUCAGCACUUUUUUCUUCUCGUGGUUCCCCUACAAGGUCUCGGCUUCGCUCAUUUGCUUAUCGCUCUGCUCGGUCUCGGUCUCGGUCACCCGCUCGCACUCGUUACUCUCGUUCGAGGUCUCCGAGUUUCUCCCCUCCCGCAAGAUCUCGGUCUCGCUCUCCGAGUUCUCGACCUCUCCCCCGGUGCUCUCGGUUCCGUUCCCGAUGUUCUCGCUCACCGUCAGUGGAGAUACUACAAUCACGCGGCCGUAGCCGAACGUUAUCCUCGUCCUCGCCUUCACCGUCUCCUGGGCGGGCUCUUACUUCAUAUCCGCAACCCGUAUCCGCGCAAGAAGCGACUUAUUCGCCAGCAAUUUCUGUAUAUUCCUCGCCUCCACAGCCUGUAUGUGUUGUGUCUGGGCGUGCACGUUCGCGUUCGCCCUCACCGACUCGAAUUAUCGUGCGUCAGGACCCUCGCCGACUGUCUCGGUCACCCCCUGUCCUAGACAUGUCGACUCCAUCGGCACGCUACCUUCCGUUUCCACCAUCAAGGCCGACCAUCGUACACACAGUACCUCAUACUCUUCCCGUUGUGGUUCAGCCGCAGCCUGAAAUCAUGACCCGAGUGCAUGCACAUCGCUGUCGCUCGCCUUCACCGUCUCCUAGCCUUUGUUCUGAGGACUCCAUUUCCGAGCCACAAUGCAUCAUCGUCAGUGCUGGUUCUCGGCGGUCGCGUUCGAGAAGCCCUUCACGCGCUUGCGUCAGAAUACCCUCACCCAGCCCAAUCAAUAGGUCGGUCCUUGCGGCCGAGAUCUCCCACGAAACUAGCAUCGAGGACAAACUCCUUGCGCUGGUUUGCAUGCAGUCUUUUGAUGGCUCGUUCACGCCGACCCCACGCCUUGAAGCGAUCAUUGGUCGCGACUGCCUGGAUGAUGCAAAGGACAUCCUGGUUGACGCUACUGUUUGGACAACGGUGCUUGCAGUCGCCUUCCUCAAGAAGCAUAUGCAGGACCAGCCAGAACUCCUCGAGCUGCUCGAAAGUCUCGUCGAGAAAGCCGCUGACUUCGUGUCGCAGACUGCGGACGUUGGCUUCGAGGCUUUGCUUUCGCGGGCGCAGAGCAUCGUGGUGUGAGUUAUAAUAUGACUUCACCCUUCCGUCUCAUUAUCUGUUGGCUCGCAUGAAAUGAGUUUCAAACGACAGGAAUAUAUUUUUGGACGCAAAUUUUGAGAAGAGAGUUAUAUGAAAUGGGAUUGAAACUUCCAGGCAGUGCAUCAAGAAAAUCUAACAAAAGGAGGAGCUGAUACAGCCCGCUAUUUCAUACAUGGAUGAAGUGCCAGUCCU